GAAUAGUUUGAUGCAAUCAGCAGCGAGAAGGGCGGUGCUUGUUGUGAAAUUGAAAACGUGCGGUAGCGGGUGUAAUUUUUAAUAACCUUGGGUUUCAGUGUGUGAUCGUGAUCCGUGGAAGGUGAAUUUAAAAUGCAAGCCGCCAUGGAAAUCACGGCCAAGUACUGCCGCAAGGAGAUGGAGGACUAUGGGAUGUGUGUGGCUUCAAACCCGUCGUCCUGGCAACAGGACUGUUACCAGCUCAAAGUCAAGGUGGCCCAUUGCACCUCUUCACACCCGGUUAUCCAGAAGAUCCGGUCGGACUGUUCCGAGCCCUUCUCUGCUUUCGAGCAGUGCCUGAAGCUGAACCAGACCUCCGUGGGCAACUGCUCCGAACACAUCAGCAAGUUCCUGGCCUGUGCGGAGACUGUGAAGCUGUCCAGCCUAGGUGAACCCGUUGCAGUGCCCCACGUCUAGUGCCCAGAACACUCAUCUCGGGGCACCACAGACUUUAUUUAUCUGUUUUUAAUGGAAGAAUUUUUACCAUACAGUGGAAAGAAAGUCAAUAUCCCUUUGUAAUACUUGACGAGGGAACCAUUGAAUUAAAAAAGACUCUGGAUCAGUGUUAAUCCCAGUAACUUGCAGUGUCAUAUUCUGGUACAGAUGACAGCACACUCACAACUCCAGCAGGAAUAAUAUUGAGUCAAGGGGCUGCAUCUGGGCUAAAUGUGCACCAUUUAGAAUUAUUCUAGCUGACAAAAAUUCCACCAAUCUUACCUGUUGUGCACUUGCGUAGAUACAUAGGUCUCAAAUGUUCAUUUAACAAAACAAAACAAAAAAAACCCUCAUUUCUAGCAUUUAUGAUAUGCGGCACUACACUAGGUUAAGGAAGUUCUCAGUUUGCUUACCUUACUCUCUGAAAAUCUGUUGCACUUGACCAAGGAAGUGCAGCACCAUCUGAAAGCAUUUCUUUAACCUAGCAUAGAACCAGAUAUCGUGAUUUCAAAUGAAAAAAAAAAAAACUAGAACAUGUUGUCUUCAAAACUGCCCAUUUCAGACCUGUGUGCACAGCAGAUUUCUGGAAUUCGUUGGUUAGUUACAGAGACUGUAAGAAGAGGAUCUGUGAUCAUGUAAAUAACCCUACAGAAUAACUCCAUUCAGUAACUCAAUGCAAGCUAUGUUUCUGUCAAGUACAGACAGCAUAGUGCAUUCUGGUUUUGCAAGGUUUUGUGUUUUUUCUAAAUGCCUGGUCUCAUUUACAUCUGUCACAUUCUGUACAGUGUGAAUCUCUUUGAACAGUAAAAGUUGCUGUGCUGGUGAUUGUGAAAAAAAAAAAAAAAAAAAAGUCUUUGUGUAUACUUCCUCGUUUCCAUGAGCACGGAUUGACCAUUAAUCCGAGCUGAUCCGGGUUCUCCCGCAUCCCUCCUACAAACCCGAAAAGGAUGGAUGCUAUUGCUUUGCUUCCAAUAAUCCGAACAAUUCUUUGGAGCUUUUUGUUACUAAAAAAACAAUAGGAGAAUAUUAAAGCACGGAGCUUUGGCCUGCUUUGGUGAAGGGUCAGAAAAAAAUCCGGGGCAGAUUGGGAUCCAAUGCGGGUCAGCUAAAUGAACAUGGAAACGCAGUAUCAGGGGCAGGUUUUCAACCCGGGCUGAGUGGUGUGUGGAAACGAGGUAUACAGGUUUUUGAAGAGCUGAAUUUCUCAACGUAACAUCCAGAGAUAUAGCCAAUAGGGUACAUGUCGCAGCUUGAUUGACCAAAACUACCGGAAACCUGAGCUGCACACUUUUUACACAAAAAUAACUUCAGCGACGGCACAGCUGAAUCGCCCCGGAGUCUACCCGCAGACUUUCAAUAAAGUUUGAAUGUGCUUUAUUGAAAGUCAAGAGGCGCAGGAAUCCAAUAUUGUAACUUCUUAGCUCCUGCAUUGUGCAAAGUGCUGGUCAGCUGCAGGACACGGCAGGGUCGCAAGAUCUCAAAGAGACUGAUUGGAGCACAAGAAAAUUCACGAGCGAGAGGAGGCCAUUCAGCGCAUCAGUGCUUGUCCGGUUCCUAGUAGCUGAUUGAUCUCAAAAGUUUGUCAAGUCGGGUCUUGAAAGAUCCCAGUGAUUCAGCAUCAACAGCAUGGCUGGGUAACCCGUUCCACACCCUCACCGCUGUCUUGUGCUGUGUUUCCUUUGUUCUAAGUGCUCAUGAAAGGUGAGGGUCAGGGCUAGAGUCAGGCAGGCAGAGACAGGUGCCAAGAGAACUCAAUGCUGAAAAAUGAAAUGUUUUAAACUUUCCUGUGAGAGAUUGUUUGUCCCUUCAGAUCCGGUCAAGCUGAUGGCUGUAUGUUCUGCCCAGCGUGCUAUAAAGGGUGUAGCAGCCUGAUCUAACGGAGAACAUCCGAGUUGCUAUAAUGCAUGAUAUUGACUUGUCAGACACCCUGCAGAUUUAAAGGGUAAUAAUGCUCCUGCAGCAGUAGAUUCUUCUCUCCCUCGCUGCCUCCCUACCUGUCAAUCAACCCGGUCUGUAAUAAAGUUGUGUUUGGAGAAAGCGCUGUUAGGAUGCAGUAAUCUGCGCUGAGGAGUAUCUGUGUUUGUGUUUCUCGCGUGUGCCGCACUUCCAAUUGAAAUGUCAGCUUGCCGGCAGAGAAAGCCGUUUUUCAUUAAAGUGGAGUUUGCCGGAUCCCCCCAGGGUCCUGACAUCGCA